AUGUCCAUGCUUCUUUUCGCCUACCUCGUGUUCGCCUCGCCAGCAAUCUCGGGCUUCUUGAGCUCGGCUGCCGACCCAGCUGGAUGGGACGACUGUCUCAGCGCUGGGACACAGUGUAUCCAAACGGCACCCGGGAUCAGCGUGACGGGUGCAGAAUACCAAGGACGUACCAACGGCUCUGAUCUUACGAACUGGAUCGUGGCUCCCAAUGGAGCAAGUGGUGUUAUCAAGGGAUGUUAUGGCGAGGCAACGUGGUCGUCACAGGAGAUGGGCGAUACCGUCUUUGAUGGAACGAAGCAGGGCAGGGGAAGGCUUCAGGCGUGGUUUAGUCUCUCACCAGGUGACAAAGUUACCAACGCCGUGAUCCGCUCUUCCAUGAGUGGAGACGACCUCACAGUGAUCUGUGAAGAUCCCCCGCGCGAAGGCUCCCCGCAUGAGGCAGAGCUGAUGGAAGAUACCUUGCUGGAAGGCUUAUGA